AUGCCUCCUACUCUUGAGCUGCAUCGCCAAGCCCAUAACAAUACAUCUUCCACAAAAGAUCCCUCCUGCUCCUCCGGCCGCUCCUCAAACGUAGUGUCCGCGGGGAGUAGUGGGUUAAUAGAACGCCUCCCAUGUGAGAACGUGAGGAAAUGCAUCUACUCGGAACGGGACUACGAGGCCUGUCAUCGAGAUCUUGAGCGCGAAUUUCAAAUCUACCAGAAACUGCCACAACACGACCGGUUACUACAACUCAUCAGAUACUCUCCUGAAGAAGGCCUCGUCCACCCGUACAUGACCAGAGGUAGCCUACGAGAGCAUCUCCGCGAGGCUGCCGCCGCCGCCACCACAAUCACCCUUGCCGAGCGGCUGCAGUGGGCUUGUGAUGCCGCCGAAGGUUUGCAUCUCCUCCAUUCCCACGGGAUCAUCCACAGCGAUCUCAAGCCCGAAAACCUCCUGCUGGAUUGA